GUGUGUGCAGGGGAAGGACUUUAUUGCCAUUGGCUCAGCUUUCGCUGCCCACCCACAUCUCUUCCACAUCACCUUGGUGUCUCCCUAAAUAAAACCAGCCCUCCUUAUCGCACCGAGGAAAUCAAGAGCGAGAGUUUGAAUGGAUUUUAUAUAAAUAUUUACCCUGACGAAGCUACUGCUGAGCUCGUGGGAUAAACUCGUAGCAGCUGGUCUCACUCUGCUUCCCUUGCCUGCCCCUAAAGGGGCUUAAUUACUUUGGGGAGGAGAGGGGAGAGAUCCAGAUCCCAGUUCUGGCUCCAGACUGACCCAAAAAGCAGGACCAGGAUUUAAAUGAACUAUGGAUCUGAAGGACAGCACCAGCGAAGGCAGCAUGGGCAGCCUGCAGCCUUCCAGCAUCCAGAUUUUUGCCAACACCACCACGCUCCACGGGAUCCGCCAUGUCUUUGUCUACGGGCCGGUGACCAUCCGGCGCCUGCUCUGGACCUUGGCCUUUGUGGGUUCGCUGGGUCUCCUCCUGGUGGAGAGCUCGGACAGGGUGGCUUUUUACUUCUCCUACCAGCAUGUGACCAAAGUGGACGAGGUGGUGGCGAACAGCCUGGUGUUUCCUGCCGUCACCAUCUGUAACCUCAAUGAGUUCCGCUUCUCCCGGCUGACCACCAACGACCUGUACCAUGCUGGGGAGCUCCUGGCUCUGCUGGACGUCAACCUGCAGAUCCCCAACCCUCACCUGGCUGACCCCGCUGUCCUAGCCAUCCUCCAAGAAAAGGCCAACUUUAAGCAGUAUAAACCCAAAGUUUUCAGCAUGCAGGAAUUCCUGGCACGGGUUGGCCACGACCUAAAGGAUAUGAUGCUGUACUGCAAGUUCAGAGGCCAGGAGUGUGACCACAAGGACUUCAAAACUACCUGCAAGGGGCUUGUAGCAGUUCUGGCCUCUAUCGUGCAUAAGGCCCACAGCUCGCAGUCUCUGUUUGGGGUCAGCCAGGUGCUGCUGGGCAUCACAGGGGGCCUGCGGGUCUCUUGCCAUGGCCAGUGGAUGCCAACCAGCUGA